AUGUCCGCUAAGCUCCUGCCGGUUUUCUUCCUCCUCUCAGUGUUUCACGCCUGUUCUAGAAAGGUUGAAGAGGAUGAAUAUGAAGAUGGAACAACUAACCAAAAAUGGGUUUUAGCUCCAAAAACACAAGACACAGAUGUGACUCUCAUAUUAAACAAGCUGUUGAGAGAGUAUGACAAAAAGCUACGGCCAGAUAUUGGAAUAAAACCAACAGUUAUUGAUGUUGACAUUUAUGUCAACAGCAUUGGUCCUGUAUCAUCAAUAAAUAUGGAAUAUCAAAUUGAUAUAUUUUUUGCCCAGACGUGGACAGAUAGUCGCCUUCGCUUCAACAGCACCAUGAAGAUACUGACUCUUAACAGCAACAUGGUUGGCUUGAUCUGGAUCCCAGACACGAUAUUCCGUAACUCCAAGACAGCAGAGGCUCACUGGAUCACCACCCCCAACCAGCUCCUCCGCAUAUGGAAUGAUGGCAAGAUCUUGUACACCCUCAGGCUUACUAUCAAUGCUGAGUGUCAACUUCAGCUGCACAAUUUCCCAAUGGAUGAACACUCAUGUCCUCUGAUAUUCUCUAGCUAUGGAUACCCGAAAGAGGAAAUGAUUUACAGAUGGAGAAAAAACUCAGUGGAAGCUGCUGACCAGAAAUCUUGGAGACUUUAUCAAUUUGACUUUAUGGGUCUGAGGAAUACUUCAGAAAUCGUGAAAACCUCUUCAGGUGAUUAUGUGGUCAUGACUAUAUACUUCGACUUAAGCAGAAGAAUGGGAUAUUUUACUAUUCAAACAUACAUUCCCUGUAUAUUAACAGUUGUUCUUUCCUGGGUAUCUUUUUGGAUUAAAAAAGAUGCCACACCAGCAAGAACAGCAUUAGGCAUCACCACAGUAUUGACCAUGACAACUUUGAGUACCAUUGCAAGAAAGUCCUUACCCCGUGUUUCCUAUGUCACUGCUAUGGAUUUGUUUGUGACUGUAUGCUUCCUAUUUGUCUUUGCUGCUCUGAUGGAGUAUGCAACCCUCAACUACUACUCAAGCUGCAGGAAACCAAACUGUACUAAGAAGAAAAAGUCGCUCUGCAAGCCUCAUAGGACACAGUGGCUCCCAACUGUUGGUUUCUUUUUCUCUCCUCAGAAUUAUUCUGUACUUGACAUGAGACCACCAGCUACAGUCAUCACAUUGAACAAUGCCAUGUAUUGGCAAGAAUUUGAAGAUGCAUGCGUCUAUGAAUGCCUGGAUGGGAAAGACUGCCAGAGCUUUUUCUGUUGCUAUGAAGAGUGUAAAUCAGGCUCAUGGAGGAGAGGACGGAUUCACAUAGACAUCUUAGAACUGGACUCUUACUCCAGGGUCUUUUUUCCUACGUCCUUCCUUCUGUUUAACCUGGUCUACUGGGUUGGAUACCUCUAUCUUUAA